UCCUCUGAAAUACAAAAGGGCUCCUACCCUGCCUCGACCAGAUAACCCGGUUCCUGCCCACCGCCGUCACACUCGCAGCCCCUCCCUCGUCGGUGUCAUCCACCCUCCAGGUCAAACACGAUGCACUCCAAGUCUGUCCUGGCGGCGCUUCUGGCGCCAGCCGCCGUCUCGGCCCAGCUAAACGACCUCGCCGUCCGUGCCGGUCUCAAGUACUUCGGUACCGCCCUCCGCGAAGGCGCCAUCAACAGCGAUGCCCAGUACGCUGCCAUCCUCGGCGACAAGAGGGAGUUCGGCCAGCUCGUGCCAGAGAAUGGCCAGAAGUGGGAGAGCACCGAGCCGACCCGGGGCCAGUUCACCUACACCCAGGGCGACAUCACGACCAACACGGCCAAGAAGAACGGCCAGGGCGUGAGGUGCCACACGCUGGUCUGGUACUCGCAGCUGCCCAGCUGGGUUCGUGAUGGCUCGUGGACCAAGGCCACGCUCACCGAGGUCAUGGAGACGCACAUCAACAACGUCAUGGGCCACUACAUUGGCCAGUGCUAUGCCUGGGACGUGGUGAACGAGGCCGUUGGCGAUGACGGCAACUGGCGCCCCAACGUCUUCCUCAGCACCUUCGGCACCGACUACAUUCCCCUCUCCUUCAACCUGGCCAAGAAGGCCGACCCCAAUACCAAGCUGUACUACAACGACUACAACCUCGAGUACAACGGCGCCAAGACGGACCGGACCGUCGAGCUCGUCAAGCUGGUCCAGGCCGCGGGCGCGCCCAUCGACGGCGUCGGUUUCCAGGGCCAUCUCAUCGUCGGCAGCACCCCGAGCCGCAGCAACCUGGCGACGACCCUCCGACGCUUUACGGCGCUCGGCGUCGAGGUCGCCUACACGGAGCUCGACAUCCGGCACUCGUCCCUGCCGGCCUCGUCAUCGGCGCAGGUCACACAAGCCAACGACUUCGCCAACGUCGUCGGCUCGUGCCUUGACGUGGCUGGCUGUGUCGGCGUCACCGUCUGGUCUUUCACGGACAAGUACUCGUGGAUCCCCGAGACUUUCCCCGGCCAGGGCGACGCCCUCAUCUACGACAAGAAUUUCAACAAGAAGGCCGCCUGGACCUCCAUCUCGUCCGUCCUGGCCGCCAAGGCCACCGGCGUGCCGCCCGUCUCGUCCACAUCGACGUCGACGUCUACGUCCACAUCCACUCUGACCACCAUCACCACCACCCGCGUCCCGUCGUCGACGGUUACCUCCACCAGGACCACCUCGGCCGCGCCCUCGUCUACCUCCUCCGCCAGCGGCGCCGAGCAGACUCGCUGGGGACAGUGUGGGGGCCGUUACUGGACGGGCCCGACUAAGUGCCAGAGCCCCUGGACGUGCCAGGUGCAGCACGAGUGGUACUCGCAGUGCCUGUAAAAUUUCCUAACCGGCUUGCGGGAACUCGGGUUCCGGAGGGUAGUGCAGUGCAGAGCGGGUGGAUGGUGCUGCUGUGGGGGUGAUGUGCUCUGGGUUUGCCGAGGAGUACCAAGAUACUCAAGGUGUUGUUGAUCUUUCUGCUGUAGAUAUUCGAGGUGCC